GAUGGCAUGCACUAGAAUAAGAGAAAAAAACAAAGAAUCCCACUCAACUCACCAGUCCUUUUCUCUCCAAACAACUACAUGAUUGAAGGGAAUUUUUUUGGCAUUUUAAAUGUAAAAUUGUAGUAUCUACAAUUCUUCUUUGGACUUAAGAUAUCAUCUCUAGAUUUGGGUUAGUGUGGCUAAUAGCUUUCUUUAUCCAUAUUCUUCUCUUUUUCCUUUCAGCCUUGUUGAAGUAACAUUGGCAGCCCCAUGUUGUUACCCACUCCACUCCUCUCUUCUUCUUUUACCACUUUGCCAAAGACCACUGCUUUUCCAAGAAUUUCUUCCUCUCCACCUUUUCCCAUUUCUUUUAUAGUUUUGAUAAUUCCAUCAUGUUUUGUCCAGUUCUUGUUUUUCUGACAUCACUUCUGAACUGAAAGUGAGUGCAAUUAUAGGAGAAGAGGUGGGUUUGCUUCCUUCCUGGUUCUCUCAGGUCCCCUCACUUAUGUGAUAAAAAAACAAACAGAAUCCAAGUUCACAGAAGAGAGAGAGAGAGAGAGAGAGAGAGAGAGAGAGAGAGAGAGAGAGAGAGAGAGAGAGAGAGAGAGAGAGAGAGAAGGCAUUCCUGUUUUGAAAUGGAAGCAAGAAGAAAGAGCAAUGGAGGUUUCUGCAACUUUGGUUUGUUCUCUUUGUUGUUGUUCUGCUGGUGGAGUUGUUCUGCAUAUGGAAGUUUGUCACCCAAAGGUGUCAACUUUGAAGUGGUGGCUUUGAUGGAUAUAAGGAAUGCAUUGAAAGAUCCGCACAAUGUUCUCAACUGGGAUGCAACUGCUGUUGAUCCAUGCAGCUGGACUAUGGUCACUUGUUCUGCUGAUGGUCUGGUCACUGGCCUAGGAGCUCCAAGCCAAAGUUUGUCUGGAAGUCUAUCACCAAGCAUAGGCAACUUGACAAAUCUCCAGCUUGUGCUUCUGCAGAAUAACAACAUUUCAGGACAUAUUCCAGCAGAGAUAGGGAAGCUCACAAGGCUGAAAACUCUUGACCUUUCUAAUAAUUUCUUCAAUGGUGGAGUUCCAAGUAGCUUAUCCAAUCUCAAGACCCUCCAGUACCUGAGGCUGAACAACAACAGUCUGACUGAAGCGAUUCCUCCUCCUUUGGCAAACAUGACACAGCUUACUUUCCUGGACUUGUCUUACAAUAAUUUGAGUGCUCCAAUACCCACUUUCCAUACAAAAACAUUCAACAUAGUGGGAAACCCUCUGAUAUGUGGAACCGAGCAGGAUUGCUUUGGAACAAUACCAACUCCACAGUCACUCUUCCUCAAUAGCUCCCAAACCUCCCAGCCUUCUGGAGCUCACAAAGGACACAAGAUCGCGUUAGCACUUGGCUCAACCCUCGGCUGCAUCUUCCUGCUGGCUUCCACCUUUGCUUUCUUACUUUGGUUGAGGCAAAGACGCAACCAACAGAUCUUCUUCGAUGUCAAUGAUCGACACGAGGAGCUCAACCUCGGGAACCUCAAGAGAUUUCCGUUUAAAGAGCUUCAGGUAGCUACAAACAACUUCAGCAGCAAGUACCUCAUAGGGAAAGGCGGGUUUGGCAACGUAUACAAAGGUUACCUCUCGGAUGGGACACUUGUAGCAGUGAAGAGGCUCAAAGAUGGGAAUGCGAGUGGUGGAGAGAUUCAGUUCCAGACUGAAGUAGAGAUGAUAAGCUUGGCAGUCCACCGGAAUCUCCUUCGCCUGUAUGGUUUUUGCAUGACUAAUAGUGAAAGGCUGCUGGUGUAUCCUUACAUGUCUAAUGGCAGUGUUGCAACAAGACUAAAGGCCAAACCAGCACUGGACUGGGGCACAAGGAAGAGUAUAGCAAUAGGAGCUGCCAGAGGUUUGCUGUACUUGCAUGAGCAAUGUGAUCCCAAAAUCAUCCACAGAGAUGUGAAGGCUGCAAAUAUAUUGCUGGAUGAUUACUGUGAAGCCGUGGUGGGAGAUUUCGGGCUGGCUAAGCUUUUGGAUCACCAAGACUCCCAUGUAACCACAGCUGUGAGAGGCACUGUGGGGCACAUUGCUCCCGAGUACCUCUCCACAGGUCAAUCCUCUGAGAAAACAGAUGUUUUCGGUUUUGGUAUCCUUCUGCUAGAGUUGAUCACUGGGUUAAGAGCUCUCGAAUUCGGUAAAUCUUCAAACCAGAAAGGAGCCAUGCUGGAUUGGGUAAAGAAAAUACAUCAGGAGAAGAAGCUCGAGCUGCUAGUUGACAAGGAUCUGAAGGCCAACUAUGACAGAAUCGAGCUUGAAGAAAUGGUUCAAGUUGCCUUGUUGUGCACGCAAUACCUGCCAAGCCACAGACCGAAGAUGUCCGAAGUGGUUCGGAUGUUGGAAGGAGAUGGACUUGCAGAGAAAUGGGAAGCUUCUCAGAGAGCAGAAGCAACUAGAUCGAGAGGCAACAAUGAUUUCUCGUCUUCGGAGCGAUAUUCUGAUCUCACUGAUGAUUCUUCGCUGCUUGUCCAGGCAAUGGAGCUCUCUGGCCCCAGAUGACAAGAAUGUUCGAAGAUUAGCCGACAUAAUAAAUGUACAGAAUUUGGAUUCAAAAGAAAACCACAUAUAGAUAGUGAGUGUUUGACAGCGUCCAUUCCAUUCCAUUUCAAGUUAAGAGUGCUUAGUUAUUUUCUGGGGGAGUUCUUUUGCAAGUUCUGUAACGAAAUCCUCAUUUUUUUGCUCUAAAAUGUAUGAUUUUCUGCUACUGAAAGCUUAUGGGAACAAGCUUUGACUCACCAACACCACUUAGGUACAUGAAGCUUUUAAGAAAUGAAGAGUUCUUGUAACAAAGCAUCAAUAAAGAAAGAGUUUUCAA